AUGCAAAAUCCCUCCAGUGAAAGUCUUGAUCAAAAAUCCAUCGGAGAGUAUUUUGUUGUGUUUGGUUUUAUGAGCUUCUCCAUUCUUAUUCAUCUCUAUCUUCCAUUACCAAGUAUUUAUGUAUUCAAAGCUUAUUUAAUAUAUUUUGUGUUUCAAUAUGCUAUGGCAAGAUUCUUGCCAGGUAAAAUAGUGAAAGGUUUGCCUUUAGAAGAUGGAACUGUAUUAGAAUAUAAUUGUAAUGGGUUGCAAGCAUAUUUGAUCACACUAGUAUUGUUUUUUACAGGUGGUCAUUUGGGUUGGUGGAGAUAUUCAAUUGUCUAUGAUCACUUACUUGAAUUUGUUGCGAUAACAAGCAUUUUCCAUUGGUGUUAUUGGCUAAUUGUAUUUAUUAAAGGAAGAAUGUUAAAAAAGAGAGAAUAUAAUGACGGAUUAUUGAGAGAAAUUUGGUUGGGAGCUGAAAGAAACCCUCGAAUUCUUGGAGUCGAUUGUAAAUUAUUUUUUGAUGGAAGACCAAGCUUAUUGACAUGGGUUGUUGUUGCAUUUUCAUAUGCUUCUGUACAGUAUGAAAAGUAUGGUACCAUUAGUACACCAAUGGCAAUGUAUUUGAUAUUUUCGUUCCUGUACAUGCUUGACUUCUUUGUCACUGAAGACCAGUUUAUCACUGGCUUUGAAAUUUAUCAAGAAAGAUUUGGAUUCAUGUUGAGUUGGGGAAAUUUCGUGUGGAUGCCAUUUGUGUGCACUGCUCAAGCUUAUUACCUCAUUGAAUGGAGUGACCUUCCAUUGUGGGGUGUCAUUGCUGUAUCAGUAUUGUGGAUCUUUGGUUAUGUGGUUGCAAGAUUGUCCAAUGCACAAAAAGACAAAUUUAAGAGAGAUCCAAAUGCUCCUUUCCUUGGAAUUAAACCAAAAUAUAUCGAGACAGAGCAAGGAAGAAAAGUAUUGGUGAAUGGCUUUUGGAGUCUUUCUCGCCAUCCAAAUUACUUUGGUGAGUUGGCGAACUCUCUCAGUUUUGGUCUCAUGUGUGGUUUUGAUAAGGGUAUUUUCCCAUACAGUUAUAGUAUAUUCAUCUGGGUUUUGCUGUUCACUAGAUACGAAAGAGAUCACAAAAAGAUGAAACAAAAGUAUGGAAAAUCAUUUGAGAGGUAUUGUUCUCUUGUACCUUACAAAAUUAUUCCCUAUGUAUAUUGA